AUGGCCACACUCCCCAACGAAGAACAUAUCCGCAACCUCAUCCAAGGACCUGCAGAGGUCGAAUGGCGAUACGAGAUGCGGCGAGAGUGCCAGGAGAUCCUUCCAGGUCUCCUCCUAGGCCCCUUCCAAGCUUCCAAGUCGCUCGAGACGCUCCAGUCUCUCGGUGUUACCCACAUUGUCUGCAUACGCGACGCAAAGGAGGCAUUUUCUGUCCGCCCGCGCUUCCCGGAGCACUUCCAAUACCUCGUCCUAGACGUGGAAGACAACGAAGAGCAGAACCUCAUCCGCCUAUUCCCCCAAGCAAACCAGUUCAUCAUAGGUGCCAUGCAAGCCGGCGGAAAGGUCCUCGUCCACUGCAACGGCGGCAUCUCCCUCUCCCCGGCAUUCGUAGUCAUGUUCGUGAUGCAGCACUGCCAGCUCUCAUGGGAGAACGCGCUCCAUCUCGUCCAGAACCGGCGCUACUGCAUAUCCCCCAACGGCGGCUUCCUCACCCAGAUCAAGGAAUACGAGUCGAUAUACAGGGCGAACAUCUCGCUCGCGGCAAACUCGCACGCACAGCCAAUGAACCGCAUCGUGUCGCGCCGAAAACGGGAGGAUGAAGACGACGAGGACGAGUCCAGGUACGCUCGCUCCCCCUUCCCUUAG